GGAACUCUGCUAGUGAUCGGUAGGACAAAUUUGCUGUUGUGCGCUUUGUACUGAAACGAUCUCUCUCCGUAUACUUCUUCUACUUACUAUAUAAAAUAAAAAUUAUAAUUUUAAAAAUUUUUAGUAAGGUUUGCUCGUCAUCGCCGUCGUGUUGAGCAGCCCCACAUUAAACAUUUAACACUGAAAGUUUGUGUGUGCUUCGAGUUAUUGCAAUUUCUUACGUUGAAACGUGAAUACCGUUCGUAGUUGGUUGCUGCUGCGGUGAUUGCUGGUGGUGUUUUCUUUUUUUUUUCUUUUUGGAUUAACGAGAAAAAAAAACCACAUCGAUAAAAAUAAAUAAACUAUAAUAAGAAAAUAAACAACAGACACACAAUGGCAAAACACUUUGUGGUUUUUGCCAUUUUGGCUGUAGCAAUUGCGACAGCAUCUGCCGAACGUGUACGACGUCAAGCCACAACAGAAGAACCCAAAAAAGAGGAAUCCUUUGAAAAGGAACUCUGCAAGGACAAAGAUGCCGGCGAAUGGUUCCGUUUAGUCGCCGGUGAGGGUGAUAAUUGUCGUGAUGUCAUUCAGUGCACAUCGUCGGGUCUGCAAGCUAUACGUUGCCCGGCUGGUCUGUAUUUCGAUAUUGAGAAGCAGACUUGUGACUGGAAAGAGUCCGUAAAGAAUUGCAAAUCAAAGAAUAAGGAGCGACGUGUCAAGCCUUUGCUACACACAGACGAGCCACUCUGUCAGGAUGGUUUCUUGGCUUGUGGUGAUGGUAAUUGUAUUGAACGUGGACUUUUCUGUAACGGCGAGAAGGAUUGUUCAGACGGUUCCGAUGAGAAUACUUGUGAUAUCGACAAUGAUCCAAAUCGCGCACCACCAUGCGAUCCCACUGUGUGCGUGCUGCCCGAUUGUUUCUGCUCUGAAGAUGGUACAUCGAUACCCGGCGAUUUGCCCGCUAAGGAUGUGCCCAUGAUGAUUACCAUCACUUUUGAUGAUGCCAUUAAUAACAACAAUAUUGAUUUGUAUAAGGAAAUCUUCAAGGGACGUAAGAAUCCAAACGGUUGUGACAUCAAGGCCACCUACUUCACAUCGCACAAAUACACCAACUAUUCAGCGGUGCAAGAGACUGCACGUAAGGGUCAUGAAAUCGCGGUGCACUCCAUAACUCACAACGAUGAGGAGCGUUUCUGGUCAAACGCCACGGUUGACGAUUGGGCCAAGGAAAUGGCUGGUAUGCGUAUCAUCAUCGAGAAAUACGCCAACAUCACCGACAACUCAGUUGUUGGUGUACGCGCACCUUACCUCCGUGUCGGUGGUAAUAAUCAAUUCACCAUGAUGGAAGAGCAAGCAUUCCUUUACGAUUCCACCAUCACCGCACCACUCUCGAAUCCACCACUAUGGCCCUACACCAUGUACUUCCGUAUGCCACAUCGUUGCCAUGGUAACUUGCAGAGCUGCCCUACACGCUCGCAUGCUGUGUGGGAAAUGGUUAUGAAUGAAUUGGAUCGGCGUGAGGAUCCCGCUAAUGAUGAAUACCUGCCCGGUUGCGCUAUGGUUGAUUCGUGCUCGAACAUUUUGACCGGUGAUCAAUUCUACAAUUUCCUCAAUCAUAAUUUCGAUCGGCAUUACGAUCAGAAUCGUGCACCAUUGGGUUUGUACUUCCAUGCCGCUUGGUUGAAGAACAAUCCCGAAUUCUUGGACGCUUUCCUCUACUGGAUCGAUGAGAUCUUGGCCAAUCACAAAGAUGUGUACUUUGUGACCAUGACACAGGUCAUCCAAUGGAUGCAAAAUCCACGUACCGUCAGCGAAACCAAGAACUUCGAGCCAUGGAGGGAGAAGUGUGUGGUCGAAGGCAAGCCAGCCUGUUGGGUGCCGAACACCUGUAAGCUGACCUCCAAGGAAAUUCCCGGCGAGACCAUCAACUUGCAGACGUGCGUACGUUGCCCGAACAACUACCCAUGGGUGAAUGACCCGACCGGUGAUGGUUUCUUCUAAGUCAAACGCGCUCACCUGCAAAUGCACAACUGUAGUCUUUAUUUGAUUUUAUUUCUUAUUUUUACACAUAUAUUUCUUCAAGAGUCUUUGGUGGACUUUACGUAUGAGUUGUGCUGUUAGCUCUUACUAUAAUUAUGUAACAAUUUUCUUAAGUACUCUUUGGUCUACGCUGAUCUGUUUUUGUUUUCCGUUUCAUUUAGUUUGCUUUAUUAUUGAUUUCUUCUUUCUUAUCAUUUGUAAAUAUUUUUUACCGUUAACUGCCACAUGCAAAUAACUAGAAUAUCCAUUCUUCUUCAAAAUACUCAACAUUAUAUUAAGUUGUUUCGGUUAAUUUAAAACCAACUGCACUCUCUCUCUCUCUUUCUCUCUCUAUUACACACUCUCUUCUCCUCUUUAACUUCUUUUUCUCUACUUUUUUGUAACUUUCACUGCCUUUUUAAAUUAACUUUGCUCGAAUUAUUCAAGACUUUUAUUAUUUGACUGACCUUUGAGCUGUCCAAAUAAUUAUUGGCAACUAUUUAUACACUCACACACUCACAUACACACCACACAAUCCACACACACACACACACUGUAUAUGGGGCACAGAUAAAUAAUUGGCGCUCAAGGUCGUU